UCCCGGAAAGGAAACUCACGUAUAGUGUUUGAGGCAGAUAAAGGGCGAAGAGAAAACAGCUCUGUGUUACUGUCGCCCACUAAAAUAAUAAUAUAUAAAAAAGAAAUGUAAGUAAAAGACUACAACGCAAUAUCUACGGCAUCAGUAUCCACAGCACUUCAGUUUUAACAAGUAACAGACCGUCAUUUGCAGCCUUCCAUAAUGGCAACAAAUAAUGGUUACCCAACUGAACUCCAACCACAGAAAAAUGCUAUUAAUCCCACCCCUCCUUAUAACCAGAGACAAGGCAUACCAGGCCAAGGUCAAAUGCCUGUGAUGCCAGUUCCACAAAGACCUGCGGGCUGCCCACCAGGACUGGAGUACCUGACCCAGAUUGAUCAACUUCUUGUACAGCAGAAAGUUGAGCUGGCUGAAGUUAUAUUGGGCUGGGAGACCAACAAUAAGUACACAGUGAAGAACACUAUGGGGCAACAGGUGUUCUUUGUGGCUGAGGAAAACAACUGCUGUAACAGACAGUUCUGUGGACCACUGCGGUCAUUCGUCCUCCAUGUUCAGGAUAACAUGGGACAGGAAGUGAUGACACUCACUCGUCCUCUGAAGUGUGGAAGCUGCUGUUUUCCCUGUUGCCUGCAAGAGCUUGAAAUCCAGUCUCCACCAGGCAACCCGAUUGGAUAUGUGAUCCAGAAUUGGCAUCCUUUCCUUCCCAAGUAUACCAUACAGAAUGAGAAGAAAGAAGCAGUUCUGAAGAUUUCGGGGCCGUUCUGUUCAUGCAGAUGUUGCGCUGAUGUGAACUUUGAUGUUUUGUCCGUGGAUGAAUCAACAAAGGUGGGCAGAAUCGCUAAACAAUGGACCGGUAUGGUGAGGGAAGCUUUCACGGAUGCAGACAAUUUUGGAAUCUCCUUUCCUAUCGAUCUGGACGUGAAGAUCAAAGCUGCUCUUUUCGGAGCGUGUUUCCUCAUAGACUUCAUGUUCUUUGAACACAAUAAAUAACUUCAUUUUCUGGAUGUCAUGUUGAAUUUUGAACUUUUGAACUUCUCCUCGACUCUCAAAAUCUUAACCAUGGUUUCAAAUGUGGAUCACUCCAUUAAAUAUUAUGGACAAGUUAUAUUAUACAUACUACAAUGUACAUUACAUUAUAGAGUAUAUUCCUUCACUACUGUCCUUGAGCCACCACUAGGUGACAGCAAUUCCCUUUACAAUAAUAUUGAGAUACUCUCCUGUAUCAACAAAGUAUACUUUGCCAAAAGAAUUAACUGCAAACUAUUACACUUAUUAUUAUUAUCAUUAUUAUAAAAUACAAUAUAAACAGUCUUGUAACAAGCAAAAUGUUAAUGGCUUGAUUUUGCUGCAUUUCGUUAUAAUAAAUACUAGAAUAAAGUGGUAUAUAUCAACAUCUGCUUUAGUAUUUGCAGUCAUUCUUACAAAUGUGUCAUAAAAUUAUAAUUGCUUACAGGUAUAAAGGUAAUGCAUAUUAUAUUCAAACAUUUCUCACUGUAAAAUGAAGUUGACAAUAAAUAAAACAGUACAAUUAUUCAGAUGAUUCUAAACAACGUUCACAGUUUCAUUUAGCACCUUUGUUCUUUAUUCCCAAAGUGCUCCUCAACUCCUCAUUAUGCCUUCUUGGAAUUAGAUAAUGAGAAACACUUUAACUUUUUUACCUUUGCUUUCUCGUUAUCCAAGUUUUCGUGUUGCUCAGCAGCAACACCUCAUUUACAGUCCUUUAGAAAGCUGUUUGCUUUUUCCUCAGAAGGAAACUUUCGAUAUGAUGCUCGAAGAAAGCCCUUAAUCUUAUCCAGGGUCAUUUCAGAGAAGGAAAUCUCUAUCUCUAAACCUUUUUACUAAAAUUAAGACUUUGAGAGUUGCAAUAAAUAACAGCUAGGUUUUGGAAGAAAAAAAUAGAAGGACCCCAGAAAAUAUUAUCCUUUUACUUCUAGAAUGCUGUUCAUUAUAGUGCACUGCAUUUAUAUAUAUAUAUAUAUAUAUA